AUGGCCUCUCCAGCCCCCAAAGCGCACAUUGCGCACACCCUCCUCUCCCGCGCCCACUCCCCCGACAGCGCAACCCAACAAUUCACCGAGCGCAUCAAGCAAAAACCACUCUUCCUCCGCGCCACCUCGCCCUCAGCCUCCGACAACCGCUCGCGUCGACGCCUCGAACGUCUCCGCAAGAAAGAAUACUUCAUCCGCCACCAAAAGCCGCGACCGCUAUCUGCGCGCGAGAAGCGCAAAUCCGGCCUCUAUGACCUGCCAAAGGAAGAAUGUAAAUACGCCAUCUUUAACGGCCUGCACGAUCUGUGGGUCGGGUACAUGCAGGAUGUGCUUGACUUGAAGCCCACGCAUGCGUCGCAUGUUACGCCGACCUCGCAUGGCAGUAAGUUGGCCAGUGCGGAUUACCAUGGGGCUGAAGUGGAGGUUGUGAGGAGUCGGUGUGCUGGGCGGGUGGGUGUGAAGGGGAUUGUGGUGCGGGAUACGAAGUUCACAUUUGUUGUUGUGACUCCGCGGGAUGAAAUGAAGACCGUACCGAAGGAGCACACCGUGUUUCGAUUCACGGUUCCUCUGCCCAAGCCCUCGGCGAGCGCGGACCAGCAGAAAGAAUCAGCGGAAGAGUCAAAACCUUUGAUAUUCGAGCUUCAUGGAAGCCAGUUUGAGAAUAAGCCUGUGGACAGGGCUAAUAAGAAGUUCAAAUGGAGGAACAUCGAUUAUGUCUGA